GCCUGUCUUGCCCUACUGGACUGACCACGUGACCCUAAAUCUAUAAAUAAGGGUUCCUCGCAUCGCAGUCGUUUGUUCCUCUGACAGUCAGUGUCGGUUGUGCAAUGGCGUCGACGAGCCGUGGAGAUGGGUUGACUCUGCCCAGAGUUCAGUGUCCCAACCAUCCCGAUGCCAUCCUGGUGGAGGACUACCGUGCAGGGGACAUGAUCUGCCCUGAAUGUGGCCUUGUAGUAGGUGACCGAGUGAUUGACGUGGGCUCAGAGUGGAGGACGUUCUCCAACGAGAAAGCCCUCAAAGACCCGUCCAGAGUGGGAGACGCUCAGAACACGCUGCUGAAUGGAGGAGACCUCACCACCAUGAUCAGCAAGGGCACGGGUGCUGCGAGCUUCGAUGAGUUUGGCAACUCCAAGUACCAGAACCGUCGCACCAUGAGCAGCUCCGACCGGGCCAUGCUGAACGCCUUCAAGGAAAUCACCACCAUGGCCGACCGCAUCAACCUGCCCAGGAACAUCAUCGAUAGAACCAAUAACCUUUUCAAGCAAGUUUAUGAACAGAAGAGCCUGAAAGGGCGAGCAAAUGACGCCAUCGCAUCAGCUUGUCUCUACAUCGCCUGCAGACAGGAGGGCGUCCCGAGGACCUUUAAAGAGAUCUGCGCCGUGUCCCGCAUCUCCAAGAAGGAGAUCGGCAGGUGCUUCAAGCUGAUCCUGAAGGCCCUGGAGACCAGCGUGGACCUCAUCACCACAGGAGACUUCAUGUCCCGCUUCUGCUCCAACCUGGGCUUGCCCAAGCAGGUGCAGAUGGCCGCCACCUACAUCGCCAUGAAGGCCGUGGAGCUGGACCUGGUGCCCGGGAGGAGCCCCAUCUCUGUGGCCGCCGCCGCCAUCUACAUGGCCUCCCAGGCCUCGGCGGACAAGAAGACCCAGAAGGAAAUCGGCGACAUCGCUGGCGUCGCCGACGUUACAAUCCGACAGUCGUAUCGCCUCAUCUACCCUCGUGCCGCCGAACUUUUCCCCCCAGACUUCAAAUUCGACACACCCGUGGACAAACUUCCACUCCUGUGAAAACUCAGCAGCACUUCUGCUGUUCUUUGGAUUUUUUUCUCCAUCUUUUUUUCGGUUUUGGAAGAUUUUUCCAGUCCCUAAGAUUUCAAGCCUUUGAGAGGAAAUCCCCCCCCCCCUCCCCAAGAAAGAUGGACACACAUUCCAGUCAUCACGAAUGGACCCUCACCUACUCUACACACAGUGGGGCAAAAAAGUAUUUAGUCAGCCACCGAUUGUGCAAAUUCUCCUACUUAAAAUGAUGACAGCGGUCUGUAAUUUUCAUCAUAGGUACACUUCAACUGUGAGAGACAGAAUGUGAAAAAAAAAUCCAGGAAUUUUAAAGAAUUUAUUUGUAAAUUAUGGUGGAAAAUAAGUAUUUGGUCAACCAUUCAAAGCUCUCAUUGAUGGAAGGAGAUUUUGGCUCAAAAUCUCACGAUACAUGGCCCCAUUCAUUCUUUCCUUAACACGGAUCAAUCGUCCUGUCCCCUUAGCAGAAAAACAGCCCCAAAGCAUGAUGUUUCCACCCCCAUGCUUCACAGUAGGUCUGGUGUUCUUGGGAUGCAACUCAGUAUUCUUCUUCCUCCAAACACGACGACUUGAGUUUAUACCAAAAUGGAUACAUGGAUGAUACAGCAGAGGAUUGGGAGAAUGUUAUGUGGUCAGAUGAAACCAAAAUAGAAAUUUUUGGUAUAAACUCAACUCCUCGUGUUUGGAGGAAGAAGAAUACUGAGUUGCAUCCCAAGAACACCAGACCUACUGUGAAGCAUGGGGGUGGAAACAUCAUGCUUUGGGGCUGUUUUUCUGCUAAGGGGACAGGACGAUUGAUCCGUGUUAAGGAAAGAAUGAAUGGGGCCAUGUAUCGUGAGAUUUUGAGCCAAAACCUCCUUCCAUCAGUGAGAGCUUUGAAAGGUUGACCAAAUACUUAUUUUCCACCAUAAUUUACAAAUAAAUUCUUUAAAAUUCCUACAAUGUGAAUUCCUGGAUUUUUUUUCCCCUCAUUCUGUCUCUCACAGUUGAAGUGUACCUAUGAUGAAAAUUAUAGACUUCUGUCAUCAUUUUAAGUGGGAGAACUUGCACAAUCGGUGGCUGACUAAAUACUAUUUUGCCCCAGUGUGUGUGUGUGUGUGUGUGUGUGUGUGUGUGUGUGUGUGUACACACCAACACACACAAGGACACAGAACCGAUGCUUGCGAUUUUAGGCUGCUUUCAUAUUUGUAUACAUAAAACAUUCUUUUGUAGAAAAAGGAGGUGUUCUAUUUUGUUAGUUUGUUUGAACUGUAUUAAGUAAUUUAAAAAUAAAUCUUCAUUGGAAACGGUCA